AUGAUACGCGUUAAGAGUAAACGAAAGAGAAAGUCCACUGCGCUUGGGGGAUUUCAAACAUUCUCCACCUUCGUUCGUUCAUUCUGUUAUUCUUCAUUAUAUUCUUUCUUUUCUCGUUUUUCGAUUCUUAUCAAGUCCUUCAUUGUUCUUUUUGCUCUUAUAAUUCUUUAUUUCCUUCUGCCUAAUAUUUAUUUUAUAUCUUUUCACUGUCGGUCUUUCUUUCUUUCUUUCUUUCUUUCUUUCUUUCUUUCUUUCUUUCUUUCUUUCUUUAUUUAUUUGAGCAGCGUCAUUUUUGUGCUUUUAUUUCUUUCAUUAUUUCCUUCUUUUUUAUUUUGCUGUUUCUUUUUCCUUUCCCUUCAUUCUUUUUUCUAUUUUCUCUCUACCCGGAAAUUAGAGAGGACUAAAAAGGCCGGGGACAAUGCUAGUGUCCAGAAUGGCGGCUAUCAAAGCCUGAUUUAUCACUCCAAUAUUUCCCCGAUAACUUCCUACCCCGACCUGUCACCGUUGUGCUGUCUUCUUCAUCGACAAAAUCUCCGACGAGAUUUUCCUUUUUCCUGCUCAUUUAUUUUCCUGCUGUCAGCUGUUGUUGCAGAAGCAAAAACAUUUCACUUCGCUCUCAGAUUUCACUCUCUAUCUAUCUAUCUAUCUAUCUAUCUAUCUAUCUAUCUAUCUAUCUAUCUAUCUAUCUAUCCAUCUAAUCUAUCUAUCUAUCUAUCUAUCUAUCCUCCUUGUUCAAAUAUCUUUAUCUAUCUAUCUAUCUAUCUAUCUAUCUAUCUAUCUAUCUAUCUAUCUAUCUCUCUCUCUCUCUCUCUCUCUCUCUCUCUAUAUAUAUAUAUAUAUAUAUAUAUAAUCUAA